AUGAAACCUGAUGAAACUCCUCUGUUUGACCCAGCUCUCCUCAAAGAAGUGGACUGGAGCCAGAAUACAGCUACAUUUUCUCCAGCCAUCUCUCCCACACAUCCUGGAGAAGGCUUGGUUUUGAGACCUCUUUGUACUGCUGAUUUAAACAGAGAAUCUUUCGAACACAUGAAGAAAUCUGGAGAUUAUUAUGUUACAGUUGUGGAAGAUGUGACUCUUGGACGAAUUGUUGCUACAGCAACUCUGAUAAUAGAGCAUAAGUUCAUUCACUCAUGUGCUAAGAGAGGAAGAGUAGAAGAUGUUGUCGUAAGUGAUGAAUGCAGAGGGAAACAACUUGGCAAACUGUUAUUAUCAACUCUUACUUUGCUAAGCAAGAAACUGAACUGUUACAAGAUUACUCUUGAAUGUCUACCACAAAAUGUUGGUUUCUAUAAAAAGUUUGGAUAUACUGUAUCAGAUGAAAACUACAUGUGUCGGAGGUUUCGAAAGUAA